GUCCAAUGAACCUCUAGAGGGCAGCAUUAGUUAAACGCAGUCAUGAGGCUAAAGUCAUAAGAAGAAGGAAGGACCUGACUUGGGAUUGCUGGCAAGAGGAAUAAGGAAAAAGAAGAGGGUGGUGGAGCUAUCCGUGUUUACAAAAUUAUGGAGCCAAAAUGGUUAAAUGCCAUUUGGAAUGGCAUUCUAGUUAGUGGACUUACGUUGUGUGCAGUGUUCGGCACGCGGCCCACAUUAGCCGUGGACAUAAAGACGGCCCCCGAGGUGAUCGUGGAGAACGGCACCACGGGCGUCCUGACGUGUACCUUCAAGUCCAAUGAGGUGGUCAGCAGUGGAGCCACGGUGCAUUGGCACAUCCGGCAGCUGGGCUCUGACCAGACGUCUACAAUUACGUUCUUCAGCAACGGAAUAAAUUACCCGGUGGCUGCCUUCAAGGACAGGCUGCAGUUCAUUGGCGACCUCAACAAGAAGGACGCCUCCAUACAGCUGCUAAACGCCAAGUUCAGUGACAACGGAACCUACUUCUGCGACGUCAAGAACCCCCCCGAUGUGGCGGGCACGCCAGGCCGCACCGAGCUCAGGGUCGUCCCCAGAGAAUCCCUCCCGCCAGACAGCACCGCGGUCAUCGUUGGGGCGGUUUGCGGUGCUGUCAUCGGGAUCGUCCUAAUCGCCGUGGUUACCUACCUCAUCAUAAGGAGGCAUCAAUCGCGACAUGAUUACGAAGGAUGCACGUCUGUGGAGAGCACGACUUCUCCCACGCCGCGGCCCCGAAAGAAGGUGGAGUCCAGCCUGGCGGGCUCGGUGGGCGGCCGGCCCUCAGGCCCUGUGCAGGGCCCGGUGAUAUAUGCACAGUUGGAUCACUCCAGCAUCAACAGCCCCAACUCAUUCCACAAACUGGACCCCGUCGUCUACGCUGAUAUUCGGAAAAACUAGACAAAUAUAACAAAACACCAAAUGGACCAAAAGACAAUAGAUUGAACGGAUACUGUGGCUACAAAACAUCACAAUAACAGCAGGAAAGCAAGGAGCAGAUGUCCCCCCCCCUCAUCGGGAUUUGGAGGGGGGGGGGGGGGGGGGGGGGGACUAUUCAAUAAUGGUAAUGUAUCGACACAGUUUUACUUUAGAGGUUUAGGAGGGAGGUUAGGGUGGGGGGGGAGUGGGAAGAGUGGGCUACUCCUCAACCCAUACACGCCACUAUGUGAUUUUAAUGUAUUGUGUCUGUGUUUAAUUGUGAUGAUGAAGCAAUUGAAAAGCCUGUAAAAACAACAAAAACAAACAAACACAAUAGUGCAAAUAGAUAGCAUGUCAUCGGCUUUGGACAACAUUUGCUUUAGCAAUAACCAAAUGUCUUGAAACGCAAGAUUUCUCAUUGCAAGCGAUUUAAUGAAAAAUUCCCGGGGAAGUCUCCUUUUACGACUGGAUUAAUGGCUGUUAAACGGCUUUUUUUCUGUUGGAAAGAUGAAAAUGUUAAGGCUAUGGCUUAACCUAACCAUCCAAUCACAAAGUCAUAUGCUUAGUUGCCGCCUUUUUCCUUCUCUUGACAUCUGAUUAGCUCUCAUCCCAAGGCGGGGCAACGGUGUCGGUCAUAGCAUCCGAUGAAUGAUAUUUUCAUGCAUGCAGCCGUGAGCAGCACCAGGUUUUGUUAAAUUUAUUUGGAAAUCAUACUCUUAAUUGUCUGUCCAUUUCUGUGAUGAGAGCACUUAGCAUCGAUUUGAGGUACUUCAAGAGCAGCAGUAACUACACACCGGACACAUAGACUUAUCUAACCUUUGCUGCCGUCUAGUGGGGAAACCCAUGCUCCGCGGAUGUUGCCUACUCUGAUGUAGAGUAAACCGGUGUUACAUCAAUAUGGUGAAUCACUUCUUUUAACAUGCUGAGGUCGGUACAGAAACUCUUGUUUCACAUCCAACUCUUAAAUGUGCUCGAGUUUAUAGUUAUUCUUCAAGAAAUGUGGUCAUGCCUUGUUACUAGUAUUGAAGCUGCCAUCACACACACUUUGGGAUAAUGUUGUCAUGGGGAGGGACUUCAAGCCUGUGGGCGCGGUUUAAUCAUUGAUGUCAAAUUGAAGAGUGUGUUCAUUACCAGAAAUCGACUGCUUAUGCAUGCUUAAAUAAGACAAAUAUUCCGAUAGGAUUUACUAACACUUGAAUCUUUUUGUCUGUUGUUUUCAAACACAAGCCAAAUAAUUGUCUACUUAUUUGAAAACCCUUCUAGAAACUGUCUGCAUGUAUAACUAGGUUAUAACUACACCAUAACUAAAUGGGGGAAAAAAUCGUGUUCUUAAUCUUUCUUUCAGGCCAAAUUCAGUUUUUACUCCUGUACUUACGUUUUUGUCUGCUCAAGCUUUAAAUUGCAUUCCACACUGUUCAUUGACUCUGUUGUUCGAGCUGAUAAGGAAGCCUUAUGUGUGUCUGUAUGUGAAUAUUUCUCAAACGUGUUUCACUCUCUGCACGGUUUGGCCUAUACACUCCCAAAUGGCAGCAUUUUGCAUUGGUUUGUCAUUCCGAAAUGCGAUGAAUUUAUUUUUUGUAGAUAUUUCUUGCAAAAUAAGAGAGUGCUUUUUACUGUAAAUCAUUCCAGCACCUCCAGUGGCCACAGAGGCCUUGCUCUGCUAUGGAGGAUCAGUGAUAGAUUUGCACGGUCUUCUCCUUCAGAGGAUAACCGUGCACUAAACUCAGAUUCAAGGAACGCUGCAAAUACAGGCUAUGGAUUUGCCAUUUCUGAUUGGGUCGCACAUCAAGGUGAGCCAAUCAGACACUGCGUUUGUAACAUUUCGACUCCUAUAGAAAUGUCUGCCAAUUCUGCUUAUAGUGUGUGUGUGCGUGUGUGUGUAUAUAUAUCGUUUCUGGAUGCAUCAAGAUUUAAUAGACACAGGUAGAUAUAAAUUCAACUCUUUGUAGGGAUUGUAAGUCUGUAAGGCCUUUAUUGUCCAUUGCAUUGCCCUGUUACAUACUUGUGCUGGAAUCGUUAAAUUCUUUGUUUUAGCUGUUAUUUAACUGUUCACUAGGAUCAAAGGAAGACCAUGUUAAUAACUGCCACAACACGCUGGUGUCCCUUGGAUCUCUGGGACAUGUUGCAGUAAAUAAGUCAGAUGUACAAAGAACUGCCGCUCGUUUUUGCUGAAAUACAACACAUGCUGUUAGUUUGUCAACUUUAAUGAAAAGCAGGUUGUUGGUAAAAUGUUCUUUUGGAUGGCCUGUUUGUGACUUCUGUUUUAUUUGUUCUCUUGUAAAAUCUGCACUGGCUUGCCUCUCAAUGAACACAAUGGACCUGGCGUUUCUCCUUUUAUCUGAAUGACACUUGUUUUCUGUUUUAAUUUCUUAAAACAAACUGGAAUAUUGUACAUGUAGUGCCUUUUAACAUUUCAUUUGCUGACUCAAGCAUCUACUCCAAAUAGAAAAGAUAUGAUUCAACUAUUUUUCCCUUACUGUAUAUUAUUUUUCUAUACACAUAAUGUUGCUUCUGUAGCCUCUGUGACACAUUUUAUAUAAAACCUAUUCAUGGCCAAAAUCCUA